AUGCUUCUCGAGCUAGAUUAGCUUGCUAGUUAGCUUAGCUUGUUAGCUGCUAACAAAGAGAGGCGGAAGUGAUCAAAACACAUCGCUAAGUAGAGAUCAAGUGUGAGUGUAAAGUGUUGUGAUUGUGUGAAAAUGUGCCAAAGAACCACAGCAGAGUACGAGGAGGAACUUUGUCCAACAAAAGAGGAGAAGGAGCGACAACAUGAAAAACAUCAAGUUGUGUUACACAGAACAGACAUCCAUCAGCUGAUUGGACACCAAGAAGAAUGUCUCCCUCAUCUGCAGGGGGACAGUUUCACUUUAGAGUAUCCACAGCCCUCACAUUUUAAAGGGGACAAGGAGUAUCCAGAGCCCCCCUAUUUCAAAGAGGAAGAGGGGGGAGAGUGUCCUGUAGGGCAGGAGGAGGCUGAUGUCAGCAAGUUUCCACUGACUGUUGUCUCUGUGAAGACUGAAGAGCAUGAAGACAAACCACCUGAGUCCUCACAGCUUCAUCACAGUCCAAUGUUCCACGCCAUCGUCUGCUGGGUUGGGGGGAACAUGGCCAUAGACAGGAGCAGACCCAACAAAGCAACCAAGAGAGCCAACUCCACCGUCGGCCGCCCACCAACUCCUGGCCAGUGUCCAGUCUGCAUGGAUGAGCGUGGAUACGUCCAAGGAGACCGAGGUGUCCGAUACCUGCUCAUUCAGCCAAGACACUGUGAAGCUUGUCCGUCCCGGCUCUCAGUGCCAGCUCCGCAGUCCUGUCUCUUCAUCCGCAUCUCCUCCAGUCUCUCCAAACAGACUCUGGUGUGGCAGAGACCCAGCAGCUGGUCUCCAUGGCCAAAACGCUCCAAGGAGGCAGAUCCAGAAGUUCACAAAAAAGCUUCGCAGAAGUCACCAAAGAGUCACCCCUUGUCACACAGUCCCAAAGGGUCCCCAACCAAAAGGCAUGAAAACAAGAAGGAAACAUCCAGAACCCAAAAGGAUGACACAAGAGCACAGAGCUCCUGCCACCAGCAGCCAAAAUGAACAUGUCAUGUCAUGGCGUAGUGGGUAGAGAGGCCGUGCCAAAGACCUGAGGGUUGCAGGUUCGCUCCCGGCCUCUUGACAGCCAAAUCGCUGUCGUUGUUUCCUUUGGCAUGACACUUCACCCUUGUCUCUGGUGCCGCUCACACUGGUGAAUGAAUGAAUGAUGAAUGAUAGGUGGUGGUGGGAGGGGCCUUAGGCGCAAACUGGCAGCCUCGCUUCCGUCAGUCUACCCCAGGGCAGCAAAUGUAGCUUACCACCACCAUGCGGUGUAAAUGAAUGAUGGGUUCUCACUUCUCUGUGAGCGCUUUGAGUAUCUAAUAGUAGAAAAGUGCUAUAUAAAAUCUAAUCCAUUAUUAUUAUUGUUAUUACUAACGUUGGUCCGUCAAACAUUCUUCUAGUUACACUUUCUUAAGUGUUGCCUAUAGUGUCUUGUUACUGCAGUGAUUUUCAACCUUUUUUUGAGC